CGAAGCAGAGGGUGAAGGGCCUGAAUGCAGACACGAGGCAGGCGGCCAUGUGCGGUGAAGUCAGUUUAUUAGAGUAGUGAUUAAGUCUUUGAAGUACAGGCAGUUAAAAGCACAGACAGACAUAAAUGUAAGAAUGACGAGACACAUAAUGAUAUGACAAGGUUACAGUAUGUUACCAGGUGUGGCUAAUUCCCACUUUGCUCCUUUUGUGUCCGAUCAAGCGCAUUUAACGGCCAGAAGGUGAUUCCCAGAAUAUUUGCAUUUAGUAGCUGUUCAUUCGCCUGCUCAACAUGACGUCCAACAAGGUGUCUGCAGUUGCAGGAGGCCAUAAUUAAGCCCCACCAGUGAGGUAGCAACAACACUGGGAGUGGCUAACACAACAUUCCUACAAGAACAAAUGUGAGGUAUCAGCUCAGCGACAGCAGACGACCUGGAGGCCCACGGAAUCCACGGUCAACAUCAUCACCGAGUGGAGCUCAAGGCAGAGAGGAAUGGGAUUAGAGGUGGAAGUCUGAGGUCAAGAGGUGGCUUCUGUUGUGCUAAUGCUUCACAAUAACAUGCAAAACACUGCUAACGCUCAGCAACAGAGAUGCUACAUUAGACCUUAGCAGAAGAACCGGUUCUAGUAGUGCAUUAAUUUGUAUCAAAGUAAUGGGAAGUGAAUGUGUGGAGAAGGAAAGAGUCGGCUCGUGAUCCAAAGCAACCGCAUUAUCCAACACAGUGGAGGCAGUGUUACGACACGGACGCGUGUGUGGAUGCCAACGAAACAGUCACUGCCGUUCACUAAUGAACCGACGGCCGUUUCAAGCGUCAGGACGAACAUCCUCGCUGCUCAGAACGAGUCAAAUGCGGCGGAUCGCUUUCAGGAUGCAGAGGAAUGACGAAUGGAAACACAGAAAAUCCACCCAAGACUCACUCAGGGCGAAGAAAUGGGAGGUGGUGAAGACAAUCGGGCUGAGGGAAACCUGGUUCUUUGGCCUCCAGUAUCAGGACAGCAAAGGCUUCUCCACCUGGUUAAAGCUGAACAAGAGGGUGACGGCGCAGGACGUGAAGAAGGACAACCCCCUGCUGAUUAAGUUCAGGGCCAAGUUUUACCCCGAGGACGUCGCCGACGAGCUGAUCCAGGAAGCGACGCAGCGCCUCUUCUUCCUGCAGGUGAAGGAGAGCAUCCUGAACGAUGACAUAUACUGUCCACCGGAGACGGCAGUGCUCUUGGCCUCGUACGCGGUUCAGGUCAAACACGGGGACUACAGAAAAGACUACCAUGUGCCGGGGUACCUUACAAGAGAGAAGCUGCUGCCACAGAGGGUUUUGGAGCAGCACAAGCUGAAUAAGAAUCAGUGGGAGGAAAGGAUACAGGUGUGGCACCAAGAGCACAAGGGAACGCUGAGAGAGGAUGCCAUGGUGGAGUACUUGAAGAUAGCCCAGGAUCUGGAGAUGUACGGCAUCAACUACUUCAGCAUCAAGAACAAGAAAGGAUCAGAGCUGUGGCUGGGGGUGGACGCGCUGGGGCUCAAUAUCUACGACAAAAUGGACAAGAUGACCCCGAAGAUCGGUUUUCCCUGGAGUGAGAUCAGAAACAUUUCCUUCAACGACAAGAAGUUUGUCAUCAAGCCAAUUGACAAGAAGGCUCCGGAUUUUGUCUUCUACGUGCCACGCCUUCGCAUCAACAAGCGCAUCCUGGCCUUGUGCAUGGGGAACCAUGACCUGUACAUGCGCCGGCGCAAGCCGGACACCAUCGAGGUGCAGCAGAUGAAGGCCCAGGCCCGGGAGGAGAAGAACAAGAAGCAGAUGGAGAGGGCUCUGCUUGAGAGCGAGAAAAGAAAGCGAGAAAACGCUGAGAAGGAAACAGAGAAGAUUGCCCGUGAGACCAUGGAGCUGAUGGAGAGACUGAGACAGAUUGAGGAGCAGACAAAAAGAGCUCAAGACGAGCUGGAGGAGCAGACUCAUAAAGCCCUUGAGCUGGAGAAGGAGAGGACGAUUGCUCAGGAGGAGGCCGAGCGCCUGGACAAGGACCGCAAGGCUGCAGUGGAGGCUAAGGCAGCCCUGUUGUACCACUCUGAAACCCAGAUCAAGAACCAGGAAUGCCUGGCCACUGAGCUGGCAGAGCUUACCUCUAAGAUUUCCCAGCUGGAAGACGCCAAGAAGAAAAAAGAUGAGGAGGCUAAGAGAUGGCAGAAAAGGGCGAUAAUGGUGGAGUCCGACCUGGAGAGAACCAAAGAGGUGCUGAAGACCAAGCUGAUGGGCGUCCACAUCCAGGACCCGGUCCACCCCCACAUGCACGAGCACGACGAGACGGACGAGAGCAGCGCCGAGGCCAGCGCCGAGCUCACCUCCCCGGGCAUGGUCCGCGACCGCAGCGAGGAGGAGCGGGUGACGGAGGCCCACAAGAACCAGAGGCUGCGCAAAAACCUCAAGUUCCUGAGCACCGAGCUGGCCGGAGCUGUAGACGAGAGCAAAAAGACCCCCAAUGACCUGAUCCACGCUGACAAUGUGAAGGCGGGCCGCGACAAAUACAAGACCCUGCGUCAGAUUCGCCAGGGCAACACCAAGCAACGUAUUGAUGAGUUCGAGUCCAUGUGAGAGGAGGAGGCGGCGCACGUGGGGCGACUUGGAGAGAUUCUAGGAGCAUAGAUGCACGCGAAUGCAUAGACGCUAAAAUAAGAGGUUGAGAUUUUUAUGAAUGCUGCACUUUAAUGCCAACAAAUGGAACAAAAGCAGAAAUAAACACAAAUGCAGGUCCAGUUCAAGGUUCCAAACAUUUCUUAUCAGCGCUUUCGCUGAAAUGUUUUUCUGUUGUCCUUGUUAAUUUCAAUUUCAAUGUGACACCUAAUGACACCCUUCUUAAUAUGCAUUGGGGAAAAAAAGCAAUGUCAUUAAAAGAACUUGUUAUACUACAACGUUAAAGACUCUGAACUCUAUUGCAGAAAUAAAAUACUUAAACAAACACCAUCAGUGUUUUGUGCAUGCAUCACU